AUAUGGUUACUUGUAACUUUCCUUCUCUCUUGUUCUAACGCCAAUUAUAUAUUCUCUCUUGUGACCGAAGAAAGAAAUCCUUUUUUUCUUUGCUUACAAUCUUAUUUUCUUUCCCAAGAAAGAUCUUGAACAAUGAGCUGCAAUGGCUGUCGAAUUCUUCGAAAGGGAUGUAGCGAGGAUUGUGUUCUUAGACAAUGCAUAGAGUGGAUAAAUAGUCCCCAAGCUCAAGCUAAUGCCACCGUCUUUGUUGCCAAGUUCUUUGGCCGUGCCGGCCUCAUGUCCUUCAUCUCCUCCGUGCCCAAAAGCCAAGGUCCCUCAUUGUUUCGAUCGCUUUUGUUUGAGGCCGUGGGAAGAACAGUGAACCCAGUUAGUGGAGCUGUGGGGCUUCUCCGGACAGGAAACUGGCACGUAUGCCAGAAGGCGGUGAUGACGGUGCUUCGCCGCGGCACAGUAGAACCACAGCCAGAACCUGAGGGAAGAGUUUUCGGACCAGAAUUUGAUAAUGUUUCGGAAUGUGAUAGUUUUAGGCCGUCAGCAGAUCAUGUCAGUUCAGGAUCAAAAACAUUGAAGAGAAAGAGGGAUGUUGAUGUGGCCAAGCGUGGACCGAUGAGGACUGAUCUUGAUCUUAGCUUGAUGUACCAGCGAGUGGAUACACCACCAGAAGAGUCUGAAACCACAACACUGGAGAGUGAUUCGGGGAAUAAUUGCAGAUUUCACGAUGGAGGAGAACCAAAGCUUUUGAGACUGUUUGUUUAACAAGCUACAGGAGGAGCAGCUGGGACAUCUAUUAGACCUGAGAAUGAUUCUGUCGUAGAGAAACUUAUCAACAGCUAUUCAUGUAUUACCAUUGAGGCUUUUGUUGUCUGUGAUCAGUGUUAUGCUGUAUACGCAUACAUGAGCGACUGAACAAGUCAUUUUUCACUUCGGCGUAACAUAGUUUCUUCUCUAGGGCUUUCAGGUAUCAAGAUCUCGAUAGUUCCCAGGAGAUUAAUUAGCUAGCAUACAGUAUCAUUUCCCACUUUAUUGAUCUAUGCAGAGGG